AUGCUCCUCCUCACCGAAAUCCCGCGCGACCAGAGCCCAGGAGUGUGGGCUGAUAAGACCGAUAAGAAGACUCAGGACUUACAUGGAAGUUCAGCUUGGUCCCUCCGAAGGCUGCUGUUAGCCUUCAGUCCAUCGCCUAUUAUUGCGCUCUACUGCAUGGGAAAAUCGCCUAUUGAACCGAGAAAACUCUCUCUCUGGACGGACAUUAUUGAUCAACAUGCUUCAAGCUUGUCAAACCCACGCGAGACCGAGAACCGGUUCUUGUCAAACCAUCGUCGAUUUCUCGCCAAGAAAGCCCUGAGGACGCUGUCACGACUCUUCUCUCUGCCGUGCGCCAUGCCGGCGGCCAGCUUCGCUUGGCGUACUCCGACUCGUCUGCGGUUUCCUUUUACCGUUCACCUUAGUCCCACUGGGCUGGGUCUUCUUUCUUCAGCUUCGACGUUUUCGUUGCGGCCCGGCGCUGCGCUAAUUGAUAGCGGUCCAGACUUCCUCAACGAGCGAGGGCUGAGAGGACAUGGGUUAUGGUUGGGCUUGUCUGGCCUCCGGUCCGGUGGUGGACAGGAGCCCUUGCUAGGCGGUGGGAUCCGCCUCCGGAACUCCUUUGUGCCUCACGACCCUGAGCCGAUUUCUGGAAAGAUGACUGUUGCCCCGCAUGAGGGAUGGCUGGACUUGGACGAGUGUGGUCAGCGCAGCUUCUGCCUUGCAGAUGCCCUGCAUCCCCUCUUGGAGCCGCUGUUCCACGCAGGGCAGAGGCCCGUCAAGGCGUCGAUGACUGUGCAUGGGUGUAAGUGGCCAUGUCCUUCUUGCAGAAAGUCAACGCCAGUGUUUUGGGUCCCGAAUAACUCGCAGCUUUCGUCGAAUCUGUUGCGCGAGGCACACCGGCGAUGGAAAUCUCGGGUCGGAAAAUAUCUAUCUGAAGUCGAGAGAGCGCGGCCAGCAACAGUCCUGGGGCUGGCCCCAACCACGGGAAAGAGGGUUUUUCUGUCGGCCGACGGCAUGAAGCUAGGGAACCCAAACGCACGCUCAUCGUUCCAUGGCGAUGGUUCUCUAACUUGGUCUAUCCUGGUAGAUCCCGAGCACCGGCCAUCACUAGCAACUGUCUGGUUCGGUAGCACAAUAUCGGUCGCAACGUCCAUGGCGGCCGACCUUUCAGGAUUCCCCAUCCACAUCAUGGAGUUUCCCGCCGUGGCGAAUACCCUCAUGAGGGACCCAGGUUCAAUGUUGCCUCUCGACAAGAUGAAGACGGUCAAUUUCAAUCCACACCUCCCGGAUGCGAUCAAGAAAGCCGAUUGCGAUCGUCCCAAGACAAUUAGCAAAGGGAAGCCCAGCUCCCGGGGGUUUACUUCUUUGUCGAUGCAAGCCAACGCCGAAGGAUGCAUCGAGGACGGCGAUCCCCAAAGACAUGCCCCCGGAGUUUGGGCUGAUGGGAGAAGGGACUGCAUACGCAAGAAUGCUCAUACCAGCGAGGAAACAAAUCACAUCUGGCGCCUUGCCGAUCACUUCAACACAUCAUACGUCGCCGUUGAAAGGCAAAAUCAUUCCUCUCGCCGUCCUUUUUUGCGAGAAGUCGGCUCACGGACGGGGAGCCUGCAGUGGCACAGCCUGGAGCUGACGGAUGCUGCAGCAGCAGUGUUCCUCAGGAACAGACUCACUACGCCUGUAUGCGUAUGCUGCUGCACAGAGUCUGAGAAGUUUGAAGAGACUGCCAGCGCAUCAGAGCUGUGGAUGACAGGCACAUUUGUCUGGCCGUCCUCGAAGAAGCUGCAGACCAGGGUAGGGUCCGGACUGAGGGGUUCACCCAUCGCUCUAGUGGCGGCCCGGUCUAAAACAUGGCUUGGAGCUAUCCCUCUGUCUCCCGCCGCGUCACUCGACACUCUACGACAGGCAGCUCGGACCGUGGGCAAGCUGGCGGGUCUUUGCCAGGACGCAGCCCAGUCCCGGAUUCUGGGUCAAACGCCCACCCGAAGACGUUUUGUAAGGUUUUCGGCGUCCAUUUCCCCAUCCAACCACAGCUCUUUUGCUCAUCCGGACCGGCUGCUUUCGACCAGGUUCGACAAGGCUGUGGACAAGCGACGAUCUCAAGUCAUUGUUCACUGCUACGGGCGUACUGGGGGUUCUUGUGGACUAUUGGCGGUCCGGAACACCUCCUCUGCAGUCAUCGGCGCCAUCCACUGCUGUCAGCUCUCAAUCUGGGUGAAGCUCUCUGGCCGCAUUUAG